CAGAUUAUGUUGAAAUACUUUGCUUGUGACCGAAAAAAAUGGGCACAUGUAUUAUUGGUAGUAUUUCCCAGUAUGACAAUAAUUGCCCAUAGCGUGGAGAGCAAGAUAGCUUUUCCAAUGCGAAUCUGAAGCUAAUUUCGCUUAAGAAGACGGAUGUACCAGUUGUGAUUUGUUCCACCAUUCAUUUGAAGAAAAAAAGCCAGCUGUAGCACUGGGGAAAGCUAUCUUGGACAACCUACAUUUAUGCAAAUUUGGAAACACCCACCAGCCCAUCUCGUACUGCCUUGAAAUGUUGCCUCCCGUGCCCAGGUUAAUAAGUGUACAUCAUGAGAAGUAGACCUCCUCGUUUUGUCAUUUGAUGGUCUGCUUAGUAUCCAGAGAAAGGAGUCUUCAGAGGCCUUUGCAGAAGAUCAAAUGGUUGUAAUCUCAGGGAAAUAGUCUUGAAUUCAACCUGUGCAGGUGUUCUCAUUGACAUUAGCCAUCAUGGGAGAUGUGGUCCAGAUGCACUUUUCCACACUGGAUUACGUGAUUUUUGUCAUCCUCCUGGUGGCCUCCACUGGCAUUGGGCUGUUUCAUGCAUUUUCUGGGGGACGUCAACGGACCACACAGGAAUUUCUUCUGGCUGACCGCAGCAUGAGUUGCUUUCCUGUUUCACUAUCACUGCUAGCCACUUUCCAAUCUGCUGUUGCCAUUCUGGGGGCCCCCUCAGAAGUCUACACCCAUGGUACCCAGUACUGGUUCUUGGGGUGCUCUUACUUCCUGGGUUUGCUCAUUCCUGCUCACAUAUUCAUCCCUAUUUUCUACCGUCUACGCCUGUCCAGUGCUUAUGAGUACCUGGAACUGCGAUUCAACAAAACAGUCCGUAUCUGUGGGACAGUGACGUUCAUUUUUCAGAUGGUAAUAUACAUGGGAGUUGUCCUGUAUGCACCUGCACUGGCUCUUAAUGCAGUGACAGGGUUUGAUCUCUGGGGGGCAGUGCUAGCCAUGGGUUUAGUCUGCACAUUGUAUACAACUCUUGGAGGCUUGAAAGCAGUCAUCUGGACAGAUGUGUUUCAGACCAUUGUGAUGUUUGCUGGCCAGCUGGCAGUGAUUAUAGUGGGAGCUCACCAAGCAGGGGGCAUCACAGAGGUGUGGAGGAAAGCACAGGAUGGGAAUCGAAUUUCUGGGUUAGACUUGAACCCUGACCCACUUGAAAGGCACACAUUCUGGACCCUCAGUGUUGGUGGAAUUUUCCUAAUGCUAGCUCUGUAUGGUGUCAACCAAGCCCAGGUGCAGAGAUACCUAAGUUCCCGCACGGAGAGGGAAGCUGUAAUGUCCUGCUAUGUGGUCUUUCCUUGCCAGCAGAUAGUCCUAACACUGGGCUGUCUCAUGGGACUGGUCAUGUAUGCACGAUACGGAGAGGACAGUCCUCUGGAUAAGGGCUAUGUGCAGACAAAUGAUCAGAUGGUGUUGUACUUUGUAAUGGAUGUGCUGAGAGAUUUACCAGGACUCCCAGGACUAUUUGUUGCGUGUCUGUUCAGUGGAGCUCUUAGUACUAUAUCGUCUGCAUUUAAUUCGUUGGCAACAGUUACUAUGGAGGAUCUGAUCAAGCCCUACUUCCCUGCAAUGAAGGAGUCACGGGCCACCUUGCUCUCAAAAGGCCUUGCACUUGGAUUUGGAAUGGUGUGUCUAGCUAUGGCUUACAUCGCCUCCCUCAUGGGGUCUGUACUACAGGCAGCGCUCAGCAUUUUUGGUAUGGUGGGUGGUCCACUUCUUGGCGUGUUCUGUCUUGGAAUGUUCUUCCCCUGGGCUAACUCUGUGGGUGCCCUUGUUGGGUUGGUUGCAGGCCUAGUUAUGGCUUUCUGGAUUGGAAUUGGCAGCUUUGUCACACGUUUAACUAUCCCAGGCCCUCUACCAACUGUCAACACUACUUCUAUACCAAGUAUAAGCACCACAACCACAGCCACAAUGAUGACCAUCAUAACCUCUGCUUCAUCCAGGCCCACAGGUGUGCAGGCACUGUACUCUCUAUCCUACAUGUGGUACAGUGCUCAUAAUUCUGCCACAGUUGUCCUGGUUGGAUUGAUAGUCAGCCUUUUCACAGGGCCUAUGAAGGAGAAGGAGCUGACCCCCGGUACAGUAUACCCUGUGUUGAGCACCCUGCUGUUUUUCCUACCAGAGCAUUACAAGGAGAAACUGUGCUGUGCCACCAAACUGUUAGACAAGUCUCCAGCAUUGAACCAGCAGCCCUAUCAAAUGGCUCAGAAAGAGACUAAUGCUGUGUCUUACUCCCAAGAUGAGGAGAAGUGUCAUGGAGAAGAGGUGGUGGUGGUGCAGGAAACAGCCAUGUAAUGGCUCCAACUGCACAUACCUGUUUUUUCUGGCCACAGAUGGAGAAGCAGUGGAGAAAAAAGAUAGAUCCAUUUCCAUGUUUCUAAAAAUGAUAGGUUUUGUCUUUGUGCCUUUGUGACAAUGCUUGUCAAGGAUUUUUUAUGUGUGUAUUACUUGAAUAGACAAAAAAAUAUUUUCUGUUAAUCAGUGACAUACUGCACAUGAUAUCCUUCAGAGAUUGUAGAUCGUCAUCCUUGGAAUUGCAGCAAUCUCUGGCGAACUUGACUAAUUUCUGAAGUAAUCUGGUCAGACAAAGGAAUGGCACAGAAAUGUGGGAGUCGAUACCAAUACCAGUGAAAUUACAUGAUUCACGAUUCCCAAAUCGAUACCAGGGUAUAAAAUGUCCAUGUUCUUAUACCUUGUUUCUCAAUAAAUGUGUUAAAUAUGAA